AUGAGUGGAUAUCGAGGACCUCCAAACUAUCCCCCUCCUCAACCACGUAGUCCACAAGACUUUCAACGACCGGAAUACCCCCCUCGUCUUCCACAGGAGUAUCGCCAACAACAGCCAGAUUACAACCAGCAGCGCAAUCAACAGUACCAAAUCCCACCCGUCCCACAGUACGGGCAAGACCAACGACAGCAAUACCAACAACCACCAUAUCCCCCGUACCAACAACAAGACAGAGUGCACUUACAACGUCUUCCCCCACAACAACAGCAAGCACAGAGAGAUCAACAAAUGUAUCAACGAGAGCAGAUGCAAUACCAACAACAAUACCAAAGAAGUGCCUCUCCGCAAUACCAGCGAGAGCAGCAGUAUACAAGAGAACAAGACGGCCCACAACAGCCCAAAGAGGAUUUUAGAGUGAAACUUGCUGAUAACAAAGAAACAGUCGAACUCAAGACGAAUGUGCUUGUCAUCACAAAUUUCCAAGAGAAACAAAUGAGGGAUUUUAUGGGAACGAGAACGGCGUUUGAGGCAUAUCUCCCUGUUUAUAAAAUCGAAAUCGUUUCUGUAGCGGACAGAAAGGCAGCAGAAGGGUUAAUGUCACGUUUCAAGACAUCACCAGAGAAUAAGGAGAACAAAGAAGUCCACUGGGGGAUGGAAUAUUGGAUGAAACAUGCUGUUUUCGAUUCAGAUAAAGGAGUCUGUAGAAUAUCAGUGAGACACAUCCCGCCCACAGUCGUCGUCAAUCAGGAUGGCACAUACGAGUAUAUCAUGGGGAACAGGAAGGGUGAUAGGAGAAACGAAUACUACAUAAAGCGGUGA